AUGUUGCUGCCGUCUUGGCAUCUAAUUGGGGCCCUCCUAGUGCUCACGGCAACAGCGGGGGACUCCACCAAUAAGAUCAUCUUGCCGCAGAUACUCAACGGCAGCAUCAACGGCGGUGGCGCCUCCGGCAACAACGCCAAACACACAAGUGGCAGCGGCAAAUCAACGGCACCAGCAACUGGCGGUGGUGUCACCGCCAACGGCAACACCAUCCUCGGCAGCAAUGGCGUAAUUGUUGCCGGCGGUGUGCCCAAUGUGCCAACAUCGAAUUUAAACAUUGUUGUUGAAGAACCCGAAUUUACUGAAUACAUCGAAAAUGUAACUGUACCUGCUGGACGUAAUGUCAAAUUGGGUUGCUCGGUGAAAAAUCUUGGCUCAUAUAAAGUCGCUUGGAUGCACUUUGAACAAUCAGCCAUUCUCACUGUCCACAAUCACGUGAUCACGCGGAAUCCUCGCAUUAGUGUCACGCACGACAAGCACGACCGUCAUCGCACCUGGUAUCUGCACAUCAACAAUGUGCACGAGGAGGACAAGGGGCGUUACAUGUGUCAGAUCAAUACGGUGACGGCGAAGACACAGUUCGGCUAUCUGAAUGUUGUAGUGCCACCAAACAUCGAUGAUUCGCUGAGCUCGAGCGAUGUAAUAGUUCGCGAGGGUGCCAACAUUUCGCUGAGAUGUCGAGCCAGUGGCAGUCCCCGACCCAUUAUCAAAUGGAAGCGUGAUGAUAACUCGCGCAUAGCCAUCAAUAAGAAUCACAUAGUGAACGAAUGGGAGGGUGAUACGCUAGAGAUAACCCGCAUCUCUCGCCUGGAUAUGGGUGCCUAUCUCUGCAUUGCAUCCAAUGGGGUUCCCCCUACGGUUUCCAAGCGCAUCAAAGUCAGCGUGGACUUUCCACCCAUGCUGCUCAUACCACAUCAAUUGGUUGGAGCACCCGAAGGUUUCAAUGUUACCAUCGAAUGUUUUACGGAGGCUCAUCCAACGUCCUUGAAUUACUGGACACGCGGCGAGGGACCAAUCAUACAUGAUUCAUUUAAAUACAAAGUCGAAUCAAGCGUCGGGGUGCCUGCUUAUAAAACGCAUAUGAAGCUGACAAUUAUCAAUGUGGGAAGCGGCGAUGAUGGCAUUUAUAAGUGUGUGGCCAAGAAUCCCCGAGGAGAAACGGAUGGAAUUAUACGAUUGUAUGUUUCAUAUCCGCCAACGACAGCUUCUUCGGGUCUCUACACAACUGAAUCGCAUUGGAGUGAGGGAGGCGGCAAUAAUAUCGGAUAUGGAAAUCCCGACUCGACGCGUUCUAUAUAUGGGCAGGAUAAAAAUACGCGAUAUCAAUCGAAUUUGAAUGAAAUCGGUUUAUCAGAACAAAAAUCAUUCCUAGAUAAAAUUCAGAACGGAGCAACAGGAACUGGCAGCCCCUCGGGAACCGCCCUCGACGGCAACGUGGACAGCGACGACGCCAACAGCAUUGUGGCAAUAGCGUGGCUCGUAAUGUUACCAACUUUGUUAAUAACUCUGCGAGCUGAGGUUUGUUUUAGGCAUAGCUUAAGUUUAUGUUAGCCAAAGCAAAAUGUAUCUUAGAGCUACAUAUCCAUAUGAUAGAGUUAAGGCUUCAGGCAACACGAAAUAGCAGACACAAUUAAAAAAGAAGAUACAUACAUAUACUUAUUAUAACAAGUAAUCGUAUAGUCCUUAGUAAAGAAGUCCCUAGUUAUGAUCCGCCCCAAAAAAGAUUGCAACACAGCCAAAAAGAGCUUGCUGCUAAGAUGAUAAUGUGAAAUCCAUAACAAACAUGAACUUAGCUUAGACCUGUAUAGGAAAUCUCAUCAUCAUAUUGAAAUUUUUCAUGC